GAGGCUUCCUUUAGGACAAGUUUCAGCACUCAUCCUCUUGCUGGCCUUUUAGGGCGCCUUAAUCACGUUGCAAUUGCUACACCAGAUAUCGAGAAAUCUGCAAAAUUUUAUAGAGACCUGGGUGGGAAAGUGAGCGAGAAAGUGCCACAACCGGAACACGGUGUUUACACAGUAUUUGUCGAGUUACCAAACGCAAAAAUUGAGCUUCUGCAUCCAUACGGUGAAAAAAGUCCUAUCCAGGCAUUCCUAAAUAAGAACAAAGAAGGGGGGAUGCACCACAUAUGUAUUGAAGUUAAUCAUAUUGACAAGGCGGUUGCUGAAGUAAAGAGACUUGGGAUCAGGACUCUCGCUAAAGAGACCAAAAUUGGAGCUCAUGGGAAGCCAGUGAUGUUCCUGCAUCCAAAGGACUGUGGUGGGGUUCUAAUCGAGCUUGAGCAGGAGUAA